AUGUCUAAUGAAUCUGACCGCAAACCUGUUGCGGACCAGGCCGAGUCCGAUGCCUGGUUCCCGUCGCCUUUCUCCCUCACACAAUAUGUCCCUCCCAAGACCGACUUCGACGGUGCCGACUAUCCAAAUGCAUACACUGGAGGUAAAUGGAAAAUCCUCUUGAUUGCAACGCAGGAGCGGUACUUACGGAUGGCUGGUGGCGAGUUCUUCUCGACCGGAAACCACCCAGUCGAAAUGCUUCUACCAGUACUUCAUCUGGAUGCUGCCGGUUUUGACAUUGACGUUGCGACCGUGUCGGGCAACCCAGUCAAAUUCGAGAUGUGGGCAUUCCCCAAGGAGGAUGACGCAGUGAAGAACAUCUUCGAAAAGUAUAAGGAGAAGCUCCGCCAGCCCUUGAAACUUGAAGACGUAUGGAAGGACGGCUUCACCAAGGACACUCCCUACAUCGGCGUCUUCAUCCCCGGCGGUCACGGUGUACUAAACGACGUUCCAUUCUCACCAAUCGUUGGCAAAGUCCUCCGCUGGGCGGAUGCUAAUCAGCGCUACUUCAUCACGCUCUGCCACGGACCAGCGAGCAUGUUAGCUGCCAAUAUCGGGAAACCCGAAGGCAGCAAGUUCAUCUACGAUGGAUACAAGAUCGACGUCUUCCCGGACUCUCUCGACAAGGGGGCUAAUAUUGACAUUGGCUACAUUCCAGGCAAGAUGUCCUGGCUCGUGGGUGAGGAACUUCGCAAGCUGGGUGUGAUCCCAAUCAAUGAGAAGAUCACGGGCGAAACUCACCAAGAUCGCUAUGUUCUCACAGGUGACUCGCCUCUGGCAUCCAACAAUCUUGGGAAACUCGCAGCCAAGGUUCUUCUGGAUGAUGUCGCCAAGCGUUCAUGA